GUGACAGUGUGAUUGUCUUUGUCCAGACUCCAGAGGAGGAGAAGUCUGAUGGGGAAGCAAUAAGGCCACUUCUCAGCAGUCCAAAGAUUCAUCAUACUCACCAGCCAAGCCGCUUCCCACACCCAUUCUCCUUUUUUCUUUUCAUUUCUUCUUCUGAUAUCCUCAGAUCUCGUUUUGUUCAUUUAUUUAUGUAUUUGUCAGCUAAGCCACCAUUAGUUAAAUCCGCAUUGUUGUUUUAAUCCUCCGAAGAGUUGUUGCAAUCCUACUGUGAAAUCCUCCGUUUCUUAGAGAAGAGAAAUGGAGGCCGGAGCUGGGUUGGUUGCCGGAUCGCACAAGCGGAAUGAGCUGGUUCGGAUCCGCCAUGAUUCUGACAGUGCGCCAAAGCCUUUGAAGGAUUUCAACAGUCAGAUAUGUCAGAUUUGCGGUGAUUCCGUGGGGACCACUGCCAAUGGUGACACAUUUGUUGCUUGUAAUGAGUGCGCAUUCCCUGUUUGCCGGCCUUGUUAUGAGUAUGAACGCAAAGAUGGGAAUCAAGCGUGUCCCCAAUGCAAAACCAGAUACAAGAGACAAAAAAGGGAGUGCACGGGUGGAUGGGGAUGAUGACGAGGAUGAUGUUGAUGACCUAGACAAUGAGUUUAGUUAUGGAAACAGCAAAGCGAGACGCCAAUGGCAAGAAGAUGUGGAUCUUUCUUCUUCUUCUAGACAGCCAAUCCCUCUUCUCACGAAUGGGCAGUCUGUUUCUGGUGAAAUCCCGCCAAGUGUUACACCCGACACUCAAUCAGUAAGAAGCAUGUCAGGACCUUUGGGUCCCGGUGAGAGACACGGUCACUCGAUUCCAUACCUUGACCCUAGACGGCCAGUUCCUGUGCGAAUUGUUGAUCCUUCAAAGGACUUGAAUUCUUAUGGACUUGGAAAUGUUGACUGGAAGGAGAGAGUGGAAGGUUGGAAACUUAAACAGGACAAAACUAUGGUGCAUGUGAACAACAGAGACAACAACAGACAUUCAGACGGAAAAGGGGGGGACAGUGAAGUUAUAGGGUCAAAUGGAGAAGAGCUACAGAUGGUCGAUGAAGCUCGCCAACCCCUAAGUCGUGUGAUCCCAAUUUCUUCUUCCCAACUUACCCCAUACCGCAUUGUAAUCAUACUUCGGCUGAUCAUCUUGGGAUUUUUCAUGCAAUACCGGUUGACUCACCCUGUGAAAAAUGCCUAUCCAUUAUGGUUAGUAUCAGUCAUAUGUGAGGUCUGGUUUGCCUUGUCUUGGCUCUUGGAUCAGUUCCCAAAAUGGUCACCCAUAAACCGAGAGACGUACCUAGACAGGCUUACUUUAAGGUAUGAUAGGGAAGGUGAGCCUUCUCAAUUGGCUCCUAUAGACGUGUUUGUGAGUACGGUGGAUCCCUUGAAAGAGCCCCCACUUGUCACGGCAAACACAGUGUUAUCUAUCCUUGCUGUGGAUUACCCCGUUGACAAGGUUUCGUGUUAUGUGUCUGAUGAUGGUUCAGCUAUGUUGACUUUUGAGUCCCUGUCAGAGACCGCAGAGUUUGCCAGGAAGUGGGUCCCUUUUUGUAAGAAAUUCAACAUCGAACCUCGGGCUCCUGAGUUUUAUUUUGCUCAGAAGAUUGAUUAUUUGAAGGACAAGAUUCAGCCUUCGUUUGUGAAAGAGCGUAGGGCAAUGAAGAGGGAAUAUGAAGAAUUCAAGGUACGCGUGAAUGCACUUGUUGCGAAAGCACAAAAGAUGCCUGAGGAAGGCUGGACGAUGCAAGAUGGAACCUCUUGGCCUGGAAACAACCCCAGGGAUCAUCCCGGAAUGAUCCAGGUCUUCUUGGGUCACAGUGGGGGGCUUGAUACUGAUGGAAAUGAACUUCCUCGUUUGGUUUAUGUUUCCCGUGAAAAGAGGCCAGGAUUUCAACACCACAAGAAGGCUGGAGCUAUGAAUGCUUGAUUCGAGUGUCUGCUGUCCUUACCAACGGAGCCUAUCUUUUGAAUGUGGAUUGUGAUCACUACUUUAACAACAGUAAGGCACUGAAAGAAGCCAUGUGUUUCAUGAUGGACCCUGCUUAUGGAAAGAGGACAUGCUACGUUCAAUUCCCCCAGAGAUUUGACGGCAUUGAUUUGCAUGAUAGAUAUGCCAACCGCAACAUUGUGUUCUUUGAUAUUAACUUGAAAGGAUUGGACGGGAUUCAGGGUCCUGUCUAUGUGGGAACAGGAUGUUGUUUCAACAGGCAAGCUUUGUAUGGGUAUGACCCAGUCUUGACCGAGGCUGAUUUGGAGCCAAACAUUAUUGUUAAGAGCUGUUGUGGAUCACGGAAGAAGGGAAGGAGUGGUGACAAGAAGUACAUUGAUAAGAAAAGAGCAGCCAAAAGGACUGAAUCUACUAUUCCAAUAUUUAAUAUGGAGGACAUUGAAGAGGGUGUUGAAGGAUAUGAUGAUGAGAAGUCUCUUCUCAUGUCUCAGAAGAGCUUAGAGAAGCGGUUUGGGCAAUCUCCUGUUUUCAUAGCUGCCACCUUUAUGGAACAAGGAGGGAUUCCACCAUCAACUAAUCCCGCCACUCUCUUGAAAGAAGCAAUCCAUGUUAUUAGUUGUGGUUAUGAAGACAAGACUGAAUGGGGAAAAGAGAUUGGAUGGAUUUACGGUUCGGUCACAGAAGAUAUCUUGACGGGGUUCAAGAUGCAUGCGAGAGGAUGGAUUUCAGUGUACUGUGUGCCGCCUCGUCCUGCCUUUAAGGGGUCCGCUCCCAUAAAUCUGUCUGACCGUUUAAACCAAGUGCUUAGGUGGGCCCUGGGAUCCAUUGAGAUUUUCCUCAGCAGGCAUUGCCCUAUAUGGUAUGGGUACAAUGGGAAGCUGAGGCUCUUGGAGAGAAUAGCAUAUAUCAACACCAUUGUCUAUCCAAUCACUUCCAUUCCGUUGCUUGCUUAUUGCAUUCUUCCUGCUAUUUGUCUUCUUACAGGGAAGUUCAUUGUUCCCGAGAUAAGCAAUUAUGCUAGUAUAUGGUUCAUUCUCCUCUUCAUAUCCAUUGCCACAACGGGAAUCCUAGAGCUGAGGUGGAGCGGGGUGAGCAUAGAGGAUUGGUGGAGGAACGAACAAUUUUGGGUCAUCGGUGGCACAUCGGCCCAUCUCUUUGCAGUCUUCCAAGGCCUCCUGAAAGUGCUAGCAGGCAUAGACACAAAUUUCACGGUCACUUCCAAGGCAUCCGAUGAGGAUGGAGAGUUUUCUGAGCUCUAUGUCUUCAAAUGGACUUCCCUCCUCAUCCCACCCACCACUGUUCUCAUUGUCAACCUUGUCGGCAUCGUCGCAGGUGUCUCCUUCGCCAUUAACAGCGGGUACCAGUCGUGGGGCCCACUCUUCGGGAGGUUGUUCUUCGCCAUUUGGGUCAUCGUCCAUUUGUACCCUUUCCUCAAGGGUUUGACGGGACGCCAGAACCGCACACCCACCAUAGUUAUUGUGUGGUCCAUCCUUCUUGCGUCCAUCUUCUCCUUGUUGUGGGUCCGGAUUGACCCAUUUACAUCGGACAGUGUGAAACAAGCUAACGGAACACAAUGUGGCGUCAACUGCUAGUUUUGGUUUAUGUAGAAUAAAGUCUGGUGUAAGAGUUACUGUGGUGGUGUUAUGGCAAUGUUGUAAGUCUCUUAUUUAUUUAUGUAUUUAUAUACAUUUUGAAAUGUUAUAUUUAUAUGAGGGAGGUGAGUCCUAAAUAUGAGAUUGAUAGUAUGUUGCAUUGUUACAUAACGUUUUUAAAGAAUACAUACUCAUACAUGUAUAAACCAACUAUGGCAUUUUGAUAUAUUUUUUAUGACAGACUUUAUUCCCUGUUUUAACAUUAAAGUUGAAUACUG